AUGGAAAAGACCAAUGAUUCCAUGUUGACAGAAUUUGUACUGGUGGGGCUUUCUGGCCACCCAAAGCUCCAGAUGGCUUUCUUUGCGCUAGUUUUGUGGAUGUACCUGAUGAUUCUGCUUGGAAAUGGAGUCCUUAUCUCAGUUAUCAUCUAUGACUCUCACCUGCACACCCCCAUGUAUUUCUUCCUCUGUAAUCUUUCUUUCUUGGACAUUUGCUACACAAGUUCCUCUGUCCCACUAAUUCUUGACAGCUUUCUGACAGUAAGGAAAAGGGUUUCCUUCUCUGGAUGUAUGAUGCAAAUGUUUCUCUCCUUUGCCAUGGGGGCCACAGAAUGCGUGCUCCUGGGCAUGAUGGCACUUGACCGCUAUGUGGCCAUCUGCUACCCACUGAGAUACCCUGUCAUCAUGAGCAAGGCUACCUAUGUGCCCAUGGCAGCCGGAUCCUGGGUCACUGGGCUUGUUGACUCAGUGGUACAGACAUCUCUUGCAAUGCAGUUACCAUUCUGUGCUAACAAUGUCAUUAGCCAUUUUGUCUGUGAAAUUCUGGCUAUCCUGAAACUAGCUUGUGCUGAUAUUUCAAUCAACGUGAUCAGCAUGGCAGGGUCAAAUCUGGUUGUCCUGGUUAUUCCAUUCCUAGUUAUUUCCAUCUCUUACAUUUUUAUUAUUGCCACCAUUCUGAGGAUCCCUUCCACUGAAGGAAAACGUAAGGCCUUCUCCACCUGCUCAGCCCACCUGACAGUGGUGAUUAUAUUCUACGGAACCAUCUUCUUCAUGUAUGCGAAACCCAAGUCUAAAACUUCGGUUGAUCAAGAAAACCAAGACAUCAUUGAGGCUCUCAUCUCCCUCUUUUAUGGAGUGAUGACCCCCAUGCUUAAUCCUCUCAUUUAUAGUCUGCGAAACAAGGAUGUAAAGGCUGCUGUUAAGAGCAUGCUAUAUAGGAAAAGCUUUUCCGAUGAAGUAUGA